AUGGUUGAAUUUGUUGGGAAUGAUAAUGAGGAUGUAAUUGAGGAUGUAAUUGAGGAAGUAAACAUUACGGAUGAUGAAGAAGAAAAUGGAGCCGAUGAUGAUGUAGUGAGUCCUCCAUUUGUUGGGAUGGUAUUCCAGAGUUGGGAAGAAGUGGAUACGUACUACAAAAGGCGUCGGGUUGAGGGGAAAAGGGUUUACUCAACUAGGGAUGAGCUUGGCACCAAAAGGUCAAAGAAAUGUGAUUGCCCGGUUCUAAUGUAUUGCAACAGGACUAAGGAUGGGGAAUGGGUGGUUAAAAGGGCAGUUAAUGAGCAUAAGAACCAUUUUCCAACACCGAGGAAAUCUAGGUAUGUUCCUAGGUAUCGACAGGAAGACAUCACCUCUCUUGUAAAGAUGAAGUUGUUCAAUGACUACAACUCGGGUGCUAAUGUUCCUCAGAUAUUUAACUGUCUAGCUAGCGAGAGGAAUGGAGUUGAGAACGUGACAUUCACCAAAAAAGAUCUUCAAAACAUUAUUGCUAGGGAUAAGGCAGAAAAGAUGAAGGAGGGAGAUUGGAAUGCAAUGUGGAAGUACUUUAAAGCGAUGUCUACUGACAACGAAAAUUUCUUUCACAAGCAUAGAGUGGGUGAGGAUAACAGAUUAAAGGAUGUGAUGUGGGUAGAUGCUAGGAGUAGAGCUGCUUACGAAGAGUUUGGAGAUGUUGUAGUGUUUGACUCCACCUACUUAACAAAUGAGUAUGACUUGCCAUUUUCUAACUUUGUUGGGGUUAAUCACCAUGGUCAAACCAUUCUGCUUGGGUGUGCAUUGUUAUCCCAUGAAGAUUCAGAGACCUUUGAAUGGUUAUUUACCGAGUGGUUGUCAUGUAUGUCUAACAAAAAACCCAUUGGUUUUCUUACUGACCAAGACGCUGCCAUGAGGAAGGCCCUACGAGAAGUAAUGCCUGAUGUCCGACAUCGAUGGUGCUUGUGGCACAUACUUACCAAGUUCAGUCACAAACUUGAAAAAUACAAUGACUAUGAGCUGUUCAAAGUUGAGCUUCAUAAUGUGAUUUACAACAGCCUUACCCAAAAUGAAUUUGAAGUGCAAUGGACUGAUGUAAUCAAGAAGUAUAAACCGGAGGGUGAGAUUUGGCUUGCAGGAUUAUACCAUGGAAGGAAAAUGUGGGUGCCUGCAUUUAUGAACGGGAUGUUUUGGGCUGGAAUGAAGAGCACUCAAAGAUCCGAAAGCAUAAACAGGUUCUUUGAUGGGUUCGUUGAUAAGCACACUCGAUUGUUUGAGUUUGCUCCAUUUUAUAUUAAAGCAGUGGAAUCUAGAGCUAACGAUGAGCAACAGGCUGAUGCGGCUGACCAAAGGGCAGUUCGCCCGUUGGCCACCCAAUUUAUGGUUGAGAGAGCCUUUAGAAAGGUGUACACAGAUGCAAAAUUCCUCGAGGUUCAAGAGCAGUGCAAUCGUGUACUGUACCUUACUUCUCUUGAGACUAUUAUGGUGUCAGCUGAAGUUGCACAUCAUAAGCUGGAGGACUGA